GUGUGCUGCCAGUCUGGGAGCUGGAGAGACACUCAGACAGCAUUCGCGAGACAAAUCUCCAACUUUUUCUGGUUAUUUUUCAGGAAACAGCUCCAAACCCCUGCUUUUGCUCUUCUCCUGAGGGUUGACUUCUUUCCCCAAAAAGCUGCAAUGCUUCUGUUCAACUUUUUUACUUUUGCUGCCUCUCUCUGCGCGCUCAAAGUCACCGUGCGAGCUGACAACCAGCUGCUGCCAGGCUCCUGCAACUUUGAGUAUGACACCUGCGGAUACACGUCAGAUGGUGACUUCAUGAGCUGGAGCCUGCAUAGAGACGGCCGUUUUGUGGCACUGGGAGCAGUCUUAGAGGAUGAACAGGAUGAAGCCAGCGGCGACUCUGGAGAGCUGAGAGAAAGCACCGGGGUCCUGCUGAGCCCAACUCUGGAGCAGGGUGACUGGAGCUGCCUGAGGCUGGUCUAUCAGAUCACAGGAUCAGGGAACCUGGAUGUCCUGCAACGCACCGAGGGAACGAGCUUUGACAGGAAACUGUGGAGCAGCCGGAGGCCCUCUGACAGCUGGAUUGUCUCAAGCAUGGACCUACAAAACACAUCUGAGCCAUACAGGGUCGUCAUCGAAGGUCAACCUGGACUAAGCGCUAGGAGCAGCGUGGCUAUCUUUGAGAUCCACAUCAGCCAAGGAUACUGCCUAGAGUGUGAUUUUGAGGACUCUCAACUGUGUGGAUACAGCAAUCAGUGGAACGCUAAUGUGAACUGGUACAUGGGAGGAGGCGGCGUGCAGCUCCUGCACAACGACAUGCCAAGUGACCACACGUACAGCAACCGGACCGGCCACUUCAUGUAUGUGGACUCUGUGUACGCCAAGACCUUCAAAGAAGUAGCCAGACUGUCCUCGCCCAUGACAACUGUACCGCUGUCCGGCUGUCUGAGCUUUCACUACCAGCGCAGCCAGGAGCGAGGGAACCUCUUCUCUGUUUUCACCAGGGACCAGCUGGGCCAGUACCAGGAGCUGUGGAAGGCAGAGCCAGAGGACCAGAGCAACAGACCUGGAGAAUGGGUACCUGUACAGAUGGAUCUGAAGGCGCCAUACUCUGUCCAGGUGGUCUUUGAAGUGGCUUUCAACAGCCCGAGAGGUGGGCGUGUUGCGGUCGAUGACAUCUCGUUUUCUCCGGAGUUUUGUAGCACUGACACGGAACCAAACUUUGACCCUUCCAUCACCAACUGUGACUUUGAGUCGAGUUUCUGCCACUACACCCAGGAUCAGGUGACGGGGCAGCUGUGGAGGAGGGUGUCCGUCAAACCCAACAUAUUUAGGAGUGGAGACCACACCACAGGGGCAGGAUCGUUCCUGCUGGCUCAUUCCCGGGUUAGCCCUCACUCCGGCUACGUGAGCAGUCUGGUCGGGCCAAAUUUACCAGGAAACAUGAAGUACUGCCUGAGGUUCUACUUCUCUCUGAGGGGUUUCAACCAGACGGACCAGGCCCUCGCUGUGUAUCUGCAGCAGCUGAACGGCAGCCAGGAGAAGAUUUGGGCUCGGGAGAAAACCAGAGGAAUCUGGAUCGGAACUGAUGUCACAUUCCAGACGACGCACCCUGUCAAGGUGGUUUUUUUCAGCACCUGCAGAAGUUUCUGGGAUUGUGGUUCUGUAGCUUUGGAUGAUAUCAGUCUGACCCUUGGCGACUGCGAGCUAACUGGUUUGUCAUCAGGACCAGGACACUGUGACUUUGAGUCCGGACUGUGUGGCUACACUCAGGACAAAAAGAGCGACGGUGCAGACUGGGACUGGAAACGAGGACCCACUCCGACCUCGUACACCGGCCCGAGAGGGGACCACACCACAGGACUUGGAUACUACAUGUACAUGGAGGCCUCACCCAUGCUUCCCGGCCAGAAUGUCCGCCUGCUGUCUCGCCCUCUGAGGGCCUCUCGAGGCCCACAGUGUUUGAGUUUCUACUACCACAUGUAUGGAUCUAGUACGGGUCAGCUACGUGUUCACCUGGACAAGGACGGCGAGGAUGUGUUGCUGUGGCAACGGGGAGGCGAACAGAGCAUCUCCUGGCUGAAAGCCACAGUCCAGUACCAGUGUGACAGGCAACAUCAGAUUGUGUUUGAGGCUAUCAGGGGUUCCUCAGUAAGAAGUGACAUCGCCAUUGAUGAUGUUGCUUUGGAAAGUGGACCUUGCCCAGAAAUGGAGAUGAGGGUCGCCACGGGAACAUCCAAUGAGAUUUUGUAGAAGAGAAGGGAAACACUGUUAAGGAUGCAUCAAUCCAGAUUGUGUUUUUAAAUGCUUAUUUUUUGCACAUUAAGGACAACUCACAGCGCCGUUGACUCCCGACUCCUACAGUACAUGUCAGUCAGAAGGUGUGAUUGCAGAUUAGUGCCAAAGGUUCACAUACGUUUCAAGGAGCAACACAAGUCAUAGUCAGCAUUUCUCUGCACUGUAGCAGCAGAGUGAAUUAAUUCAGUGGAUUUUCUUCACGUGUAUAUGCAUUAGAUUAAUGCUCAUUGCUCAAAGCCAAUUAUUCAUCUUCUUGUUUUAUUUUCAUUUAACUGCAGUUUCAUAAAACUGUAUGAAUGUUUUUUUUCUGCUCGUUUCUUUGAAUUUGCAACGCCUGACUAGACAGCAUGUGCAGCUUUGUUCAGAUAUCACUGAUUGUUGUGAAUGAUUCAUUUGCUGUAAUUCCAUUAAAAUUUUAUUUAUGUAUCCCUAAA